AUGAAGAAAGAAAAGAAAGAUUUUAAAAAAAAAUCUCCUGUUCAAAGCCUUAAACUGCCUAGUGUGACUUCUCUGAAGUUGUGGCGGCAAGUAGGAGAAUCCUUUAGGCCCCCAAAGACCUGUACUACUGUCUCUUGGACAUUUCGAGGUUUUUAUGAGAAGGCACUGUUGGAAUAUGAGAAGUACAAAAUGCGUAGCGGCGAGCUACCUUUCACUGAUUCUUCUUUAGCAGAUCCUGCUUCUGGCAAUCAGGUAGAUCUAAGUAAUCCUUUAGGAUCAGGUAGAGCAAGAAGGGAUGCUGCUGCUCGUGCCAUGCAAGGAUGGCACUCACAGCGGCUUCUUGGUAAUGGUGAGGUUGGGGAUCCCAUCAUUAAGGUUUCAUCUUGCAUUCAUACUUUGGUUAUGCAGGAUAAGAACCCAAUUACAACACCAAAGCGUGAAAAGCAAUUAAGAAACAUUGGUUUCCUGAAGCGCAAAGGAUCUUCUCCUGUUGAGCAUGCUGUAAAAGUUGCGCAUGUGGCGUCAAAAUCACAUGGUUUGGACAGAUCAGAGGUAAUGGUUGUCGAUGUUGGUGUCCCUGCUGAUUGGGUGAAGGUCAAUGUGCAGAGAAUGGUGCGUGUGCAAUCUGAUCCUGCCGGGCGGUUGGUAAUAUCUGGGCAACCCGAACAGCUAGACAAUCCCUGGGGUGUUACUCCAUUUAAAAAGGUGGUUAGCUUACCUACUAGAAUUGAUCCUCAUCAUACGUCUGCUGUGGUGACCCUUCAUGGGCAACUAUUUGUUCGUGUGCCAUUCGAGCAAAUAACUAGAUAUGUAGGAACAUUGGUAGUUGCCUUUCUAUGGUUUAGUUUUUUGGUGGCAUCUUUAGACGUAGUGAGCUCAAAGGACAGUGGCUGGCCUGCAAGGUUGAUGUUCAAUUGCCAGUUUUGGCCCCAAUUCCGUGCCAUUGGAGCCCAUCCGGUCCUCGACCCUUUAACUUUUAGCCCCACAACUUGGCCAUCCAAACCCACAUUGGGAAAAGGAAGAGUCUGGAAUUUGAAAGUGGGCUCUGGGGAAGUUGCACCACCCGCCAUUAUCGGGAGGUAG